UUAUUAUUUGUUCAUAUUUUUGAGAAUUUAUUACAUUUUUCACAACAUCUACUACAAAUUGAUGGAGAAUAAAAAGAAGCGAUCAGAGUUUCCACCGAUUGAUGAAGAUCAACGCACCAGUGUUCCACUAGAAUCUAAUGCCCAGAUGACAUCUUCAAUGCAAAGCAACAUUCAAUUUGCUGAUCUAUUCGUAGUCAAACAAGAACGUGACAUCAAGCAUGAGCCACUGUCCGUCAGCGAAUUGGUUGAUAUACCGGCAUCAACUUAUCGCUCUAUUCAGACGCCUGACUUAAAUGGCCAUGAUGGUGACUUCGAUUUCUUAAGUCUGAACGAAGUGAAGAUCGAGACGAAGACAGAAUUCAAGGACGAGAAAGAAAGAGAACCGAAAAGACAGGCUGAAAACGGAAAAGGAGCGGCGGAAAAUCAACCAGAUCAUCCAUCGCAUGAUGAAGUGGUUCCAGAUAUUGGCCUACGCAACAUACUAAGACAAGGCGACAGUGCACACAAGUGUGACGCUUGCGAAUUUUCAAUUCAGUAUGCGUCUAGCUUAAAGCGACAUUUGCUAAGGCACACCGGCCAGAAGCCACACGGAUGCAAUUUGUGCCUGAAACGAUUCAUAUUGAAAGAAGGUUUCUCUAGCCACAUGAAAGCUCAUGUGGAUGAAUUUUUGUUUUUUUUCCCGGGCUGUUUGCAAGGAUUCAAUGGGAAAGACGAGAGGAAGGCACAAGAAGUCAAUUGCAAAGCUCGCUGCUAUGAAUGCCAUUUGUGCAAGAAAUCGUUUGGAUCACUUAAAGGAAAUAUGGUGAAACACAUGUGUGUCCAGGUCCACAGCGGUAGCAGACCAUUCGAAUGCAAGAAAUACUUCAAACGGUUUACAGAAAAAAGUAGUCUGGGCAAACAUCUGAAAAUUCAUACUGGGCCACGUUCAUUCCGUUGCUCAAAUUGUCGCAUGGGAUUCUUCCAGCAAGACGAAAGAAAUGCACACGAAGCGAAGUGCAAUCGCUCUACCUUCGAAUGUUACAAAUCCAGUCUCGAUUUUCAUAUGAAAUCGCAUUCGAAGAAGUUACCGUUCAAAUGUUUGAUUUGUCGCCACGGAUUCUCGAAGCAAAACGUCCAUGGAAAAGCAUAUGCGAACCCGUUCAGGCCACGAGCCGUUCCAGUGCCAACUGUGCCAGAAAAAAUUUACACAGAAACCGAGCCUCAAGAGACACAUGAAUAUCCACAACAACAAGAAUUGCUGAAGAAAACAAGGACAUUACCCUAA